AUGCCAGAGUGCUCCCACAGUGCUCAUGAAGCCAGCCCCUGGUGGAGCGUAGACCUGCUGGAUGUCCACAGAGUGACCACAGUCAACAUCACCAGUAGAGUAGACUGCUGUCCUGAUCAGAUGAAUGGUGCUGAGAUCCACAUCGGUAACUCCCUGGAGAACAACGGUACCAUCAACUCCAGGUGACAUACUAGACACAAUUGCCCCUCCCCACCACCACAGAAACAGUAUAGAGUGGGCUGUGAUCAGAUAGGACCUUUUCCUGUAAUGUACACUGGGUGUCUGCAUCUCUCUCUCUCUCCCUCACCUCUGUCUCUGUCUCUCUCUAUCUAUCUUUUAGAUGUGGUGUCAUCUACCACAACCUAGGUGGAGAGACCCACACCUUCCAGUGUAAUGAGACGGAGGGUCGCUACAUCACUGUGGUCAUCCCUGGACCGAACAAGUUUCUCAUUCUGUGUGAAGUGGAAGUUUAUGGCAUUCGUGCAGGUAAUCGCCAUGUCUGUCUUCACUGUUCAUCUUUAUAGUUACAACAAUAUACAUCCUUUGUUGUGAAGACUUAGAGGGUUAAAAACAGGUUUAUUUGAUGGUUACAUUAUUUUUAAAUAGGAAAUUAGCCUUUUGUCUACAUUUUCAGAGGGGUGGAUUAAUGUGCAUUGUCACAUGAAUCUAAUAAAGUAAAGAUUGUUGUAGGUGAGUGUUCUUGCAUGUGGAAUCAAUGGAAUGACAAUGUGGAGUCAGUGCCAUGUCAGAAGUGAGACACUGGGAACUCUCUCUGUUUCAGACACAACCAGCCCUGUCCCCUCCACUCCUCCUCCCUCCACCAGUGCUUCCAAAAACCCUGCAGCAACUCCUCCAACAUCCUCUUCCCUCUCUUCUUCAACCUCCACUCCCUUGUCCACCACUCCCCCUCCUACCCAUCCUUCUCCUCCUCCUUCUGGCAGUUUCCUGAUUAGAGGGAGGAAUGUGACGGUGGUGAUCAAGAGGCUGUGUUGGUCUGACGCUCUAUUCUACUGCAGAGACCAUUACUGGGACCUGCUUAGUGUGCGUAGUGAGGAUGAGCAGAGGGAGGUGGAGGAUUUGCUGGGGGGCAGUCGCGUCCCCCCCCCCUCAACCCCACACCUGUGGCUGGGCCUGCGCAGGUAUACCUCAUUGUGAAUGAUACACGCACAAACAAGUUGGCUAACAAUAUAUAUUUGAAUUCCACUCCCAUUGUCCUUCCAGAGAUACUGAAUAUCCUCUUCAUAUUAAGGUCCCUCAUGGCAGACAGGUGGUACUGGAUGACCGGGGACCACAUGGACUUCAGCCACUGGGAGAGAUGGGCCGCCCCUAAGCAGCACUCCAGUCCCUGUGGAGCGCUAGCCAGUGGAGGGGGCUUCUUCUGGAGGGACCGG